GCGACUUUACAAGGUUUGGUCAUCACUUGGGCGAUGGCGCACGGCGGAUAUGCGAAGCGGAGAGUUGCAGAGCGGAAGACGACGGCAGGAAGUAGUCGGAGAUCUAAAGGAUUACGCGUGGAGAAGAAACCGAAGAAUUCCUCUCUCAAGAAUCAAAUUCGUUCCAUCGGUCGCAUGAUUCGGAAAGACCUUCCUCCUGAAGUAAGAGAGGCUCUAGAAAAGAAGUUGGAUGAUCUGAAGAAGCAGCAAGAUAUCCAUAUCCGUCUUGCUGUUGAACGUAAAAUCUUCCUAAGGAACAGAAAGGUCAGAUUCUUUGAACGGAGAAAGAUCGAAAGGAGUAUAAGACGUCUCGAGAAGCUACAACGAAGUACAUCUGGUGGUCAUGUGCAAGAUCCAGAAAUAGGUGGGCAACUCAAUAAACUCAAAGAAGACCUUGAAUAUGUUAGAUUCUUCCCCAAGAAUGAGAAGUAUGUAUCACUAUUUAGUGGAGGUGAUGAUUUACAAGUAUCUGAGCGAAGAAGUAAAUUGCGGAAGCAAAUCAAAGCCAAUAUAAUUGUUGCUGCUGCCAGUGGGAAAGAGUUGGAAGAGACAGGGAGCGAAGAUGAUGCUCUUUUGGACCUGAGUGACGAUGACUUCUUUGUCAACGGAAGUUCAAGUGACGAAGCAGAUGCGGAUGAUGAGUGGACUGAUAAAAGCACAAAAGAGCCGGUUUCUAGUGCUUUUGGCAGAGCAACAUCGAGCAUGUCCAGUGACGAAAGAAGUCAGAAGCCAUACACUACGAGGGUUUUAAUGCCACCACCACGGUCAAGGUUUGCAUCAACAUCUCGUCAGUAUUCAUCUGUGAAAAGGAAUGAGAUACCUUCCUCCAGCAACACUUCACAUAGAAGAAGCCAGUCUUCACAUGCUGCCACAAGUUCGCAUACAAGUCAAAGUAGCAACUUGAGUUCUAAUUCUGAUGCUCACAAACCCAAGAGGAAGAGAAGGCCUAAGAAGAGGAAGCAACAGGCGUGAACGGGGUCUCUCCCGCCAUGUCUGAGAAAGCGAAGAAGCUCGUAACACAGUUCAUCAAUUCCUAAAGCUUCACUCAGUACUACUGCCUGUCUAGUCUUACAUCUUCUGAUUGGAUCGAAUGCGUAUAUAUAUGUUUUUUAUGUUGCCAUGAAAGCAGAGAGAUAGGUUUCUGUUGUUUUUGGCUGAUGAAAUGAACCCUAAGUUUUGGG